AUGUUCUCUUUGGAACCACACGCCGUCAAUAUUGCGGGCCUAGCCCUCCUGUUGGUUUUGAUUAUCAUUGGCUAUGUCUACCGGAUUCUGAGAGACCCCGUUUCUCGAAUUCCCGGGCCGUGGUUCACUAGAUGGACCGAUAUGGUCGCAACGUACCACAUGGCAACUGGCCCGCACUCGUCGUAUAUUCACAGUCUCCACGAAAAGUACGCCGUCCCUUUCUCACUCAAGAGCGCAGGGCCCGUUGUCCGUGUCAGCCCAUCUGAGGUCAGCUUCUCCGAUAUGAGCGCCGUAAAGGAGAUUUACACCGUGAAGGAAACCUAUGUCAAAUCGGAAUUUUACACGAGGUUGACGGCACCCACCAACAAGAACGUCUUCGCCGUGACCAACAUCGACCUCCACAGACGCUACCGCCGGCUCCUUUCAGCUGCCAUGUCCGAGACGUCCCUGAAGUCCAUGUAUCCGGCCAUAGAGGCCAACGUCAACCUCGCCAUCCAGCGGAUUGGCGAAGAACUGCAGACACGAGGAGCAGCCGACGUGUUCAAGUGGUGGCUGUUCCUAGCCACCGACAUCAUCGGCGAGCUGAGCUUUGGCGAGUCGUUCCGCAUGCUCGAGAAGAAACAAAAGAAUCAGUACAUUGAGGAUCUCGAAAGCGCCGGCUUCGUAGCCGCCAUGCGCGCCCUGUUCCCCACCGCAAUGUGGGUAGCCAAGUUCCUCCCGCUGCCCUGGCUCAGGUACGCGUCCGAAUCGACGGAGCGGACCCGCCUCUCGGCCGAGGAGUCCAUCAGGCGCCAUGAGCGCCUCGAGCAGGCCGACCCGACCAACGUCAAGCCGACGCUGUUUAGCAAGAUGUACAAGGCCGAGGAGGACGAGCAGCUGACCUUUAACGAGGUCGUGGAUAAUGCCGUCGGCUACAUCAUCGCCGGGAGCGACACCUCGGCCACCACCCUGACCUACCUGGUCUGGUGCGUGUGCAAGCAUCCGGAGGUCAAGGCGGCCCUGCUGCGGGAGCUCGCGACUCUGCCCGCCGACGGCGGGUACGGCGACCAAGAGCUGAAGCAGCUGCCGUACCUCAACGCCGUAAUCGAGGAGACGCUGCGGAUCCACGGCGCUGCUCCGGCCUCGCUCCCGCGCGUAGUGCCCCGCGGCGGUGCCUCCCUUGCGGGCUAUUGGCUGAACGAAGGGACCACAGUGAGCAGCCAGGCGUACACCCUCCACCGGAAUCCAAUGACAUUUCCGGAGCCUGAGAAGUUCGAUCCGUCGCGAUGGUUGGCUCCGACCAAGGCCAUGAAAGACGCCUUCUUCGCAUUCGGCGGGGGAUCUCGUAUAUGCGUUGGAAUGCACCUCUCCCUCAUGAAUAUUCGCCUUGCCGUCAGCAAGUUCUUCAGAAGAUUCCCCAAUGUGGAGAUCUCAACACUAGAAGGCAUGAGCGACGAGGAUAUGGAACCACACAUGACGUUUCUGUAUGGCCCCAAAGGUAGGCGGUGCCUUGUUGAGGCUCACUAA